AUGCAAAAGAAUACAAGACAAGAAACGUAUAAAAUCGUUAAGACUCAACCUCCUAAAAGGCAAGGGGAGAUUAACUUUAGCAUCAACUCAGGUGUUUUUACCUGCUCUGAAUACGAAAAAGAGUUCAAAAAGCCUUGGUUACUGAAAAGGCAUUCGAAGGUUUACCAUAUAAGUAAUCAAAUGCCAACCAAUACUGUACUCGAUGAACCCGAGCAGGCCGAAUUGAUAGUCGAGAACACUAUUCCGGAUGUUAAUGCAUUUGAUUACUUGAGUGACAAAGAUGACUCCUCCAGUAUUGGGGAUGAAGAAGACAACAUUGUAGACAAGAAAAACAAUAUUAUUGAUAAUUUCUUUGAUAUUGAAAUGAACUGUAAUCCAGUUUUCAACGCGUUCUCUGACAUGUUUUCUUCUGCUGCUGCUGAUGAUGAGGUAUCAAUGACUGAUGAUGACUCUGAAAUCCCAGAAAAACAAAUGUUGAAGAAGAUACUGCUUGCGAUAAACUUGAUCAUUAAGAUCCAGCAAGAAACUCCCAUAGGAAGAACAUUUAAGUUACCUCAUUUGGAUGCUCUUUUAAAUUAUCAGGCAAGAAAGAAGUUCAAGAUGCCUGUCUUUCCUUCACAAAGAAUACCAGUACCUGGAUCAAAUGGGAAUGCAUUCGCCCAUAUUAACCUUCUGUCCGACCACUUGAGAUUUCUUAUUGCAAGCCCAAAGAAAUCCAAGUUGAUCUCGUCCAUGUCUGAUUGUACCCAAACCAAUCGAUCUGUUUGGAACAAGUAUUUCUAUACGUCUCUAUUAUCAAAUAUUUUAUUUUUCUAUUGUUUCGUACCUGAAAUACCACACAGCAUUCACUUUUUAGUUGAAUUGUUCCACACGGCAAACAAAAACAUUUUUGCAAGAGGGUAUCUGGUCAGAGCGAUUUUGAUUGUAUGCUAUGGCAUUGAGGUUGCUGUUACCAAUCUUAGAGUAGAGCAGAUCUCUCACGUUGACACCACUCCUGUUGAAAGAGAUCACUACUACAGUAUCUCAAGUAGCCUUACCAGAUUGAGUCCUGCUCAUGGCUUUCUCCUUUUUGGAGUUCAUCCAUUGAAGAAGUCUAUGCCUCUUUCUGUUUUGUCCAGUAAUGUAGAUUGUGAUGCAGUAUUUUACAAAGUUAGGAUUGUUCCAAUCAUCCUUUUUACAGACGACACUUCUGGCAAUCGUUCAAAGCAGUACAAUCCAUUUGAAAGCUGGAAAGAUGGUGCAAAUGGUAUGUCUCUUCUGCCAGCAAUCGUUGAUGACUUUAAGAAACUCAAGAAAGGUGUAAAAAUGUUCUCCGCUGAAGACAAUGAACAUGAAAAAGACUUUGUAAAGGACUUGUUCUACUUCUGUGAAUGCCAUGAGAGACGAACUCGAGAGCACUAUGUUCUUGCAAACUCAUCAUCUGGCAAAGACACUGAGAUCCCAAAUGCUCCAAAAAUUGGAAUGAACAUGCCUGCAAACGAGAUAAGCUUUAGAGAUUGUUUGACUGGCCACUUAUUAGAAUUGCAGUCAUUUGAUCCAGAAAAGGAUACAACAGUGAAAAUCCUCCACAUGAUACUUCUUGAUGUUGCAAAGUAUAUGGUGAUUGACUUGGUUAAGGUCGUGCUUAAGAAUGACACAGCCACAAUAGCAAGACUUUCAGAAUUCUUGACAGAUUACACGCAAUCAACUGGUCUAUCAAGAAAGUUCACCCAAAACUUAAGACAUAGUAGUUCAUUCCUCAGUAGAGAUUUCAAGGUUCUGCUUCAAAUACUUCCUGUAAUUCUGAUUACAGAAUUCUCUGGAAAUCAUGAGCUAGACCUUGUAAUACCAUGCUUUGUUGAACUUGGCCGAUUGUGUUCUCUGGUAUUUGUUCAUCAGGUGACAUCAGACUUUGAUAGCUAUAUUAUCAGAGUAGAUAAUGCAGUGAAGCACUUGAUCAGAGCAUUGUUUGACUACGAUAAAGGAACCAAUAAUGAGCUUCACAAGGCAUAUUGCACCAAGCCAAAAGUUUAUUACUUGACACAUCUCAAGGAAGAUAUAAUUCGUUUUGGAUCAGCCCUCAAUUAUGAAACAGAAAAGGGCAAACAGUUCAAUAACCACAUUUGCAAACAUCUGUUUCAUACGAAUUGCCAAAACACUUCCAGGGAUGUUUGCCUGAAGUUUGCAAAGCAGGUAGCAUUACAACAUGUAAUUGACGGACUUGUCUCAGGCUCUGUUGUUAAGUUUCUUAGCAUUGUUCCUCGUACAGAUAAUGACAGAAACAAUAACUAUGCCAAGGCUGUAAUGACAGAUGAGCAUUCUGAUGUUGCUACUAUGAAUCUCGUUUGUAAGUUAGAUUUGCACAUUUUCCGCAACCCACUUUACAUUAUAAAUUUAAGCAAGUUUGGUUUCUACUGGUUCAUUUUCAAUAAUAUUCUUUUUGAUGAAUAA